AAUUUAAAAUUGAUUUAAACGGGAAAAAAUUUGCAUGGCAAGGAGUUGCUCUACUUCCAUUCAUUGAUGAGUCGCGUUUACUUAAAGCCAUAGAGUCGGUAUAUCCUCAAUUAAAUACUGAUGAGAUUACAAGAAACACUCGUGGAUCUGAAAUUCUUUGUUUUAGCAACAAACAUCAAUUAUAUAGUAACUUAUCUUCUAUAUACUCAAAACAUGACUCAGUAAAGCCAAUGCCAUUGGAUCCAACUAUUAGUGACAAACUGAUUGGAUUUGUCUCAAAAGAUCCAAAAUUUAUACCUGAAAGUACAUUUCGUUCACCUUUAAUUGAAAAAAAUAUGCCAGAUAUUGCUGUUGAUAGAUCAUUGAGUGUAUUCUAUCACCUUCCAGCUAAAACAGCUAACAAUGCACAUAAAUCCAUCCUUUUACGAAAUGUCAGGAUGGAUUCUCCAGUAUUGGGAUGGGAAGAUCAUGAAUGGAUAAGAAACGAUGACCGUGCUUAUCACAACAGUCAUGAUACGCAUAGCUACCAAAAUAAACCUCCCGAUACUUAUCUUCCCGAUUAUCAAAGUAGAUCCAACAUAAAUAUGUAUGGUGAUGAUAGAGAAUCACGUCGGAAUCAUUAUAUUUCUAGUAGUACUUCCGGGAAUCAUUAUAACUAUCAUGACACAUCACGUUACCAGCAUAAUUCUAACAAUUACCAUGAGAACAGAGGCUCUUCGCAAUAUGGAAAUCGAUAUAGUAAUAGUCAUAGUCAAAGAUAUAAUCGU